UCCUUCACUAUCUUCUAAAUAAACCAUACUAUUUUGUAAGAUAUCAUCUUUUGAUCUUUUGAUCUUCUUCAUAUGCACACCUCUCCCUCCACCAAAGGAAAGAAAAAGAACAAGAAAAAGACUUAUUGAAUUAAUUGAUAAAGUUAAUUUUUCGUUGGUUGCUAUCCCCUCAUUUGUUUCGACACUAUCAACUACAGAUUGGGUUUUCUUACUGUUAAAUAUGUCUUUGAGUAAAAUUUGUGAGCAGUGUUAACUCACCAAAUUUUGAAUUUACAAACAUUUACACUAAUAUACUUGUGUCCCUAUCUAACAACUAUACUGCAGUGGUUAUUCCAGCACAACCAGCCAAGACGACAAUAUAAAUGUCCCCCAUCUACAUGAUCAAGAAGGGAGUAGCACAUGGUUUUGCCUUCCACCAGCAAUUCAACAUCUAAUUGUAUCAAAUUAUUGCCAUUGGUGAGAAGUCCCAAGCAUGAGCUAAUAACAUAACUAAUAGGCCUAAUCAGUUGUCGACCAAAGUGAAGAAAGGAAGAAACUUAUCAUCUUUAAUCCUUUCAAGCUAACUUCAUCCACAAAUUUAAGGCCCCAUAUCAACCUGGCCAAAAGGCAUCAGCACAUGGCUUUGCCUUUUGUUGUUAGUAACAUAACUUCAGCUCCAACUCAAAGCCCGUCUACAGCCUCUUGUAUAAAUAAUCCUCCUUUCAUGAGCCUUUUCAUCAUAAAACAAGCACUAUCAGUUCAUUUAUCAAAGAUCCCUAAGGUUCUAAUUUACUUUCUUUUUUCUAGUUUUCCAGAGAAAUGAAGAUGCUCAGUGCUAAAAAACUCAUCAAUAUGGCCAAGAGAUGGCAGAAGUUCGCGGCAAAGCAGAGGAAGAGGAUUUCAUUUCCAAGAAAUGCCCAUGAUACAGACAGUUGUAGUACAUCCCCAUCUUCUAUAGUUGAAAAGGGUCAUUUUGUAGUAUAUACAGCUGACCAAGCACGGUUCGUCAUUCCCUUGGCUUCUGAAAAUGAGGUCAUUAGGCAACUUUUAAGCAUGUCUGAAGAAGAGUUUGGGCUACCGAGUGGUGGCCCUAUAAUAUUACCGUGUGAUUCAGACUUCAUGGACUACAUUAUAUCACUAAUCAAGAAAGGUGUAUCUGCUGGAGAUCUUCACAAAGUAUUGCUCCUCUCAAUUACUUCAUGUUGCUGUUCAACUUCUUAUUUGCACCAAGAAAGUGGAAAUCAGCAGAUUCUUGUUUAUUGAGUCAUGACAUCAUGUUUUGUAAAUGAUAGCACAAAAUAGAUUGUAUAGCAGUUGAAAAAUAGACAACUGAAAGCUUGUAUUAUUACAGAGGGAAUAGAGCCUUAUCUUGAAAUUAA